AUGAUCUACGGAAGUAGCAUUGCUCCGUCGUGCCUCGAAGGUGGCAUGAGCCACGUCGAGCACGGCUUGGUCCCUACACCCGACACUUUCCCACCUCCUCUUGUUCUCACCGACGAUGGCAACAUCGACCUUGUUCUUGACCAGCUUCUUGACGUCGCGGAGCCUGAGCCCGAUCAGUGCUCUUCCAUGGACGACAUUCUCGACUUCCGUGCCGAUACCACCUCUGCCGACAUUCUACCCAACAAGUACGACGAGUAUGACUUACCUCUUAAGUCUCAGGCUCUUACUGAGGCUUCCGCUGCGCAUCCUAUCCCAGUGCUUGGUAUCGAGGUCAUCGACAACGGGGAGUCUCUGCGCUACCCUUCUAAACCUGUCGAUUCCAUCCUCAACAAGUCCCUCGAUUCACCGCUCACAUACAGCGGAUCCCUCGGUCUCCUCGGCACCCUCUUGCAAGAACCAGAUUUCUUCGACUUCCACAUCAUCCCGGCCAAGAAUCUUCUUGUGGGCCUUAUUAGCAAGGCACGCGCGGUCCUUGAUCAUACAUGGCGCACUCCUAUACCUACUGAUGUUCAGACACUUAUCUGCGCUUGGGUUGACUACUUACGCGAACACCCACCGCAAGCUAUCCCACGACGUAUUCACACUGAUCAUGCUCUCGACAUCUACGUCGAUGCCUCCAAAACCAUGGUGGCUUACGAAGUCCGUCAGUUUGACCGCCCUAUUCUGCGGG